AUGCCUUCUAAAAAUUCAUCUUCACCGUUGAAACUCAUUGUUGUCGGUCUAGGGCUUAUUGGACCUCGUCAUGCUGAACAGAUCCAAUUAAACCCAGAUGCAGAACUGAUUGGUUUUGUUGACCCUUCACCAAAAGCUGGUGUCAUUGCGAAAAGAUUCAAAGUCCCUUUAUAUGAGAGUCUUUUACAAUUGUUGGAUUCAGGUCUAAAACCUGAUGCUGCUUAUGUUUGCACUCCAAACAGUUUACAUAUCAAAGUUGCAAUGGAACUGGCAUCAAACGGGAUUCAUAUGCUUAUUGAGAAACCAUUGAGCACAAAUCUUCAAGAAGCUGUGUUGUUGAAAAAUUACGCAGUGUCUAAAGGUGUCAAGAUUUUGGUUGGUCAUCAUAGAAGAUUCAAUCCAUAUAUCCUUAUUGCAAAGGAAAAUCUUGAGAGAUUAGGCCAAGUUGUUGCAAUUGAUGGUGUUUGGACCCUGAAGAAGAAUGAUACUUAUUUUAAACAAGUUGAAUGGAGAAAUCUCAAGAGCCAAGGUGGUGGUGCUAUCAUGAUUAACUUGGUUCAUGAUUUAGAUCUUUUGCAAUACCUAUUGGGUCCAAUUACAAAAGUUUAUGCUGAUUAUUUGCCUAAAAAUCGAGCAGCUGCUUCAACUGCGGAUCAAGUUGAUGAAGGUUGUGUAUGCACUUUGAGUUUCCAGUCAGGUGCAAAGGGGACAUUCAUUGUCUCUGAUAACGUUAUUUCACCGUUCAACUUUGAAAUGGGUACUGGUGAAAACCCUAUCGUUCCAAAAGUUGAAUCAACUACAGAUGGUAUCUUUUAUAGAAUCUUUGGAACUAAUGGUACCAUGACGAUUCCAAACUUGAAACUAUAUAAUCAAGGUUAUUUGGAGAAUGAAGGUAAAGAGAAAGGUUGGUAUGAAAUCAUCCAAUGUGAAGAACUAAGUAUUGGUGAGGAUAUCGAAGGAAUUCCAUUUGCUUUACAAUUGAGUCAUUUCCUCAAGAUGAUGAAAGAUGAAGAGGCACCUAAGUGCACUGUUGAUGAUGGAAUCUCUGUCUUGUUAGUUGUGGAAGCUAUUGUUGAAAGCUUGGAGACUGGACCCCAAACUGUUAAAUCUGUUGACUCCAUCAGUUGA